GGGUGGGGUUGGAGGGGCAGCGGCAGCAGUAGCAGGAGGAAGUGAGGAGUCAGCUGCUCUUUGCGGGCUGGAAAGGAAGAGUGAGGUGGCGUCAGAACAGCUGCUUGUCCAUUUGUUCUUUCGCUGCUGGGUGAAGCCCCUCCGUCUCAGCUGCCAUGGCUGAAGAGUCCCAGCCUGAGAGGCCUCUCCUGAGGGCCACCGAAGAGCCUGCCUUCUCCGUGCACUCCCUCCUGUUGGUCCUAGGAAAAGUUAUCUUUGCUGCAUUGCCUGUGGCAGGAAUCGCCAUUGGAGCAGUCUAUCUUGGUCAGUGUCCCCGGCAGCCUCUCCUUCCCAUUUACUUGCUCUUCCUGAGUGCUCUUACACUCCUGCUCCUGUUCCUCAGCUGUGUUCCCUGUGGGGAUGGCACCAACCAACCAAGCACACUACUCAACUGUUUGCGGGGAGCAGGGUUCCUCUUCCUCUGCGCCUGGUUCACUGCAGGUAACGUGUGGGUCUAUUCCAUCUACCCCCCAGACUACGAGGACUUUGGCCGGCCUGACUUUUGCCACCGGACUGUCUUCCUCUUUGCCUUUGGGGUCACCACCGCCAUCCACGUGGCCUUGGGUGUGGCCCUGCUGCUGGCUCUUGGCAUCCUCAUCUUGAACGCUGUGGUGUCCCGCCGCAGGCGGGGCUGCAGUGGGGGCCCCAGACCUCCCUCACCGGAAGCGAGCGCCCGUGGGGACACUCCGGCGGUCCGCCCCUUCCGUUUCCGCAGCGGUCAGUGGCCGGUGUCGCGGCUCCGUUUCCGCCUGCGUCUGUUGGCGGCUCCGGCCGGGCAUGGCGGCGGCAGCGGCGGCGGCGGCCCUCACGCAGGGCCUGGAGCGCAUCCCGGACCAGACCGGCUACCUGGUCAUCUGCGACGGCGCCGUCCUGGCGUCAGCCGGCGACCUGGAGAACGACGAGCGCACGGCCGGCGCGAUGGCGGAGCUGAUGAGCACGGCCUGCGCCUUCCGGCUGCCGCGCGGCCCGGAGCUGCCCUUCCGCCGCGUCUCGGUGGUCUUCGGGGAACAUUCCCUGCUGGCGACCGUCUCCGGCCAGAAGCUCUUCGUGGUGAAGCGCCUCAACAGCGUCCCGGAGCCCGUGGUCGUCUGAGCGGCGGGGAGGGGAGCACGGCGCCCAAUCCAUCCGUCUCCUUCCUUCCCUCCCACCCGCCCGCUAAGCCUGAGGUGGAGCGGGACCCCCGUCCCCCCCAACAAAAGCCGGAAGGUGAUGCCAGUCCCCAGAUGAGGGGAGACCUUUCCCCUCACCUGCCACCUUUCCUUCCUGCGGUUCCCUCUUGGGUCCUCUUCCUUUUCUGGUCCCUGCUGUGGGGUGGGGGGGGGGGAUUCCCAUCCUCCACAAAUGCCUGGCACGUGGUCGAAAGAUGUUAAAGCAUUUCCCUGCUUUGGCCUUGGAGAAGCAUCUGCCGAGCUUUUUAUAUGUCGUUCGCUGUUCCAAGGGGGAGCAAAGCAAACCAGUUUCCACAUUGUAUGCUUGCUAGCUGCUUUGGGCUGCCUGAAACCAGCAAAAGAUCUAGGCGACCGGUGGAGAUCCAGCGGUAAUUUUUAAAUCCGACCAUGUCUUGAGAUCAGGUGAAUUCAUCAGAAGUAGACGAAGAAAGAGGGAUGGUGCCAGAGGACAAACCAAGAGAUCCAUUAAGCAUGUUAUUUGCCGGCCAGCCAGUGCAGUUUAUUUGUAAGCAUAUACAUACAGAGUUGGAAUUGCUUCUGAACGAAUAAAAAAUAUAAAUAAUAAAAAUUAAAUAAAG